AUGACUGAAAAACAUUAUUCAACAUCUAUUAUCGCCAGCGCAGUGGCCUUCUACUUUGUUAUUUCGUUAUCAACAGUAUUCGCAAACAAGUAUAUUUUAAGUUCUAAGGAAUAUACAUUCCCAGCCAUGACAAUGACUUUGGUACAAUUAGUGUUUGCGAUCAUUUUACAAGCAGCCUCUCAUCCAAUUCUUCCAAAUUUCAUUCCGGCACCAGAAUUUAAUAUGGAUCGUGCCAAACAAAUUGCUCCACUUUCUAUUCUCUUCAUUGGUAUGCUUGUUUUUAAUAAUUUGUGUUUGCAAGUUGCCGAUGUUUUAUUAUAUCAAAUUGCUAGAUCCCUCUCUAUUUGUUUUACUGCCUUGUUCAUCUAUGUUUUACACAAGCAAACAACAAGUUUAAAUAUCUUGUAUUGUUGUGGAGUUGUAUUAAUUGGUUAUAUUAUUGGAGUUUUAGGAAAGGCUGGUUUGGAUGGUAUGGAUUUCACUUGGUUGGGUGUUAUUUAUGGAUUGUUAUCUAGUGCCUUUGUCGCUCUCUAUGGUAUCUUUGUCAAGUCAAAGAUGCAAUUGGUUAGUAACCAAUGGGUUUUGAUGCUCUACAACAAUAUUAUCAGUUCCGUCUUGUUGUUCAUUAUUUGUUUGGUUACUGGUGAUUUAAGUGAAGCCUUAUCUAGUCCACAUAUUACUGAUACUCGUUUCAUUUUCAUUUUGAUUGUUAGUAGCGUUUUGGGCUAUUUGAUCAAUGUUGCCACUUUCCUCCAAAUUAAUGUCACUUCCUCUCUCACUCACACCAUCUCUGGUACUUGUAAGGCUUGUGUUCAAAGCUUGCUUGGUGCUGUUGUCUUUGGUGACAAAUUGGAUUCUGUCAGUGUUGUGGGUACUUUCAUUUCCAUCUUUGGUAGUAUGGCUUAUACUAUUGUAAAGGGUAGAGAAACUGCUCCAAAGGUUGAAUCAACACCUCAACAAAGUCCUGAAAAUAAGGUUUAA